CGCAGGGAGGAAAGGGGAUGCGGUGUGGGGAGAGCCCAUGUUUUUGAUCUCCCAUUUUGUCAAGUAAACGCAUCUUUGCUCUGAUAAGUGUGCGUCUGUGCACUUUUUGUCCAUAAUUUAGUCAUAUACAAGGUAACGGCCGACCUUGUAUUCAGACUCUUAGCGCACACGUGGAAUGCCUGCCCUCCCAGACUGCGUUUCGAAUGGCCGACUCUGCUAGCGCGGACGCAGGCGUCGACGACUGCAUCGCCCGCCGACUCCGUUCGUCAGCCGCCCGCCGCCAGAGGUCCCACGACCGAUCCGACGGGUCCGGCUCGAGGCGCAGCGCGUCCGGCAGCGGGCAGAGCGCCGGCGGCGAGCACAAACGGUCGUCUCGCAGCCCGCCGACGGCGGCCCGCGCGGAGAAGCGGCGACGCGCCGACACGCCGCCUGAGCGCGAGCAGGAGGCCAAGCGCCGACACAGAGGCGGUAGCGGCAGCGGUCGGAAGACCGUGUCCCGCUCGCCGGAGCCGUCCACGAGCGGCCAGCAGAAGCCAGCAGCCCGGCGCCGUCAGGAGCCGGCCGGCACCAGGACAGGUCGAGGUCGUUCGCCCGGCGCUAGGCGCCAGAGGUCGGCAGACAGGGGCGGCCCCUCUGCCGGCCCGGCAGCCUCCAGCGGGCAGCAGCCAGCCUCCAACACGGGGUCCUGUACCAGCAGCAGCGGUCGGCGUGGCUCGCGGGCCGGCGGGAAGGUGGCGCUGGGCGGCAGCAUGUCGGCUGGCGCCGCCGCCGCAGAGGAGGACGGCGACAUGGGCCGGCUGCAGGCGCUGCUUGAGGCGCGCGGCAUCCCGCCCCACCUGCUGGGCGCGCUGGGGCCUCGGAUGCAGCAGAUGCUACACAGGAGCAUGGGCAGCAGUUCAAAGAUCCAGCAGUUGGUGCAGGGCCUGCAGGCCACCGGGGACGAGACCCAGCAGCUGCAGGCCGUCAUCGAGAUGGGCCAGCUGCUGGUCAUGGGCAACGAGGAGACGCUGGCUGGGUUUCCCAUCAAGCAGGUGGUGCCGCCGCUCAUCGCACUGCUCCAGAUGGAGCACAACUUCGACAUUAUGAACCACGCGUGCCGGGCGCUCACCUACCUGAUGGAGGCGCUGCCGCGCAGCACGGCCGUGGUGGUGGAGGCAGUGCCGGUGCUGCUCCAGAAACUGCAGGUCAUCCAGUGCAUGGACGUGGCCGAGCAGGGUCUCACGGCGCUUGAGCUCAUCAGCCGCCGCCACAGCAAGAACCUGCUACAAGUGGGCGGCAUCUCCUCGUGCCUGAUGUACGUGGACUUCUUCUCGCUGCCGGCGCAGCGCGCGGCGCUCGCCAUUACAGCAAACUGCUGCCUGUCGCUGACGCAGGACGAGUUCCAUCUGGUCAGCGAUAACCUGCACAAUCUGGCCGAGAGGCUGACACACCAGGACAAGAAGACUGUGGAGAGCGUGUGCCUGGCCUUCAGCCGGCUGGUGGAAACCUUUAAGACGGACCCGGCCAAGGUCAAGGACAUCGCGCGUCACGGCCUGCUCACCAACGUGCAGCGCCUGCUGGUGGCAUCGCCGCCGGUGAUCAGCAGCUCCACAUUCUGCGAGGUGACCAAGAUGCUGCGCGUGCUGUGCAGCCACUGCCCCGAGAUCGCCGUCCAGCUGCUGUCCGAGAACAUCGCCGACACGCUGUGCUUCCUGCUGGUCGGUAACAGGGAACAGAUGGAGCUGGUGUCGCGCAACCCGGAGGAGUUGUACGCGCUCAUGUGCCUGGUGGGCGACCUGCUGCCGUCGCUGCCCACCGACGGCCUCUUCAGCGUCGACCAGUGGCUGUUCAGGAUAUACCCGAGGGAGUACGUGCAGUGGCAGUGGCGCGACGACCGCAGCAACUGGCACAACUACUCUCACGCCGACAGCUUCACGGUGGAGACGGCCAACCAGGCGGGCGACGACGAAGUGCAGCUGGACUUCAUGGGCCGCCACUACACGAUCGACUUCAAUACGAUGCGCCAAAUCAACGAGGGCACGGGCACGUCGCGGCCGAUCCAGCGGCGCACGGCGCACGGUCCGGCCGGCGGCGGCGGCGCGCCGCUGGGCGCGUCGGCGCCAGCGGCACCGUCCGGAGCCGACCCGCGCCUCGCCGUGCUGCAGGCCAACCGGCCGCUGUACUCCGGCCUCGUCGGCACGCUCUUCUCCAUCCUGUACAAGGUGUACAGCUCGUGCGCCGGCCCGGCCGUGCGCCACAUGUGUCUGCGCGCCAUCUUGCGCAUGGUCUACUUCGCCAGCCCCGACAUGCUGAAGGACCUGGUCGGCAUCCAGGAGGUGUCCUCCCACCUGACGGGCAUGCUGUCGUCGGGCGACCUGAAGAUCGUGGUGGCCGCGCUGCAGCUGGCCGAGGUGCUGAUCCAGAAGCUGCCCGAGCAGUGCAGCAUCCAUUUCCGACGCGAAGGGGUCGUCUACCAGAUCAACCAGCUGGCGGCCGACCCGACGACGCCGCCGCCGGCCGCCGCCUCGGCCGCCGGCGACGAGCCCACCAACUUGAGCCUGAGUGACGUGCUGAAGCGGAAGCGCACCUCCAAGCGGUCCGGCAAUGCGUCGCGCAAGUCGCGUCAAGAGGAGGCGCCGCUGGCGGCGCCGGGUGCGACCGGUACCACACUCGACACCCUCUCCAGAGCGGCGGCCGGCUCCAGCCGCGGCGGUGGCGGCGGCGGCGGCGGCUCGGCGGCGCGUGGCAAGGCGGCGGCCGGCGGCUGCGCCGGCGGCAGCCGCUUCCAGACAUCGUUCCUGGCCAGCCUGAACCCGGCCCGCUGGGGGCGCAGCGCCUCCAACUCGCCGCUCGGCGACCGAGGUCUUUCAAAGGACGGCCUGCUGAGCCGCGCCUCCAGCAGCCCCAGCCUGUCGGGCAGCAAGGAGCGCGUGCGCGGCUGGAUCCGCGAGCGCGCGCAGCAGUUCAUCCAGCAGCACUUCUCGGGCGACACGUCGGGCCACACGGCGCUGAUGGCGCGGCUGGGCGGCGCGCUGCAGCGGCUGCGCCAGCAGCCGGCCGCCCCGCGCGCCGCCCUGCAGGAGGUGGGCGCCGUGCUGCGCCACUCGGACAUCUCGCCGUUCGAGGUGCUGCGCAGCGGCCUGGUGCGCCAGCUGACCGCCUUCCUGACGGACGGCGAGGGCAGCGAACGUGAGCGCCGGCUGCGCACGUUCCUGCACGUGUUCGCCGGCUGCCCGGCCGAGCUGGCCGACGUGGUGGAGCCGUGGCUGCCGGGCACCGAGCAGACGGCGACGCUCUCGGCGCUCGUGGCCAAGCUGAACGCCUGCGUCACGCAGGUGGAGCAGCUGGUGGUCAAGGUGCACGACGUGUCGGAAACGGCCGGCGGCCCGUCCGGCCAGAGUGCACUCAAGUACUUCAACCAGAAUCAGCUCAAGUGCAACCUGCAGCGUCAGCCGGACUGCUCGAACCUGCGCCAGUGGCGCGGCGGCCCGGUCAAGAUCGACCCGCUGGCGCUGGUGCAGGCCAUCGAGCGGUACCUGGUGAUCCGCGGCUACGGCCGCAUCCGCGACGACGAGGACGACGGAUCCGACGACGGCGACUCGGACGACGACAUCGACGACACGCUGGCGGCCGUCAGCAUCAGCCAGGGCAACAACCACAAGCUGCAGUUCAUCAUCAACGACCACGUGCUGCCGUACAACAUGACAGUGUUCCAGGCCAUUCAGCAGUUCAGCCAGGACCCGACCGACUCGGAUUCGGAGCUGACAGUCGGUUCCACGCACCUGUUCCAGCGCACGCACACCAUCUACUACCGGCCGGCGCCCGAGGAGAGCUCGCACGGUGGCCGCGGCUCGGGCUCGCACGCCAAGAAGGGCAAAAGCGGCGGCAGCAAGCACAGCGGCAAGCGGCGUGACGAGCUGUGGUCGGACGGCGUGGCGCCAGAGCCGGUGUGUCCGCUGCUGGCCUACCUGACGCCGCGGCUGCCCGACCACGUCACGGUCUCCGACCCUUGUCUGGAGACGCUCCAUCUGCUGCGCCUGCUGCACGCGCUCUGCCGCCACUACGGCAGCCUCUACAACAUGUCACGCUUCGUGCCGCUGCUGCCGGCCCAGGAGUUCAUCAACAGCAAGGUGUCGGCCAAGGCGAACCGGCAGCUGCAGGACCCGGUGAUCGUGAUGACAGGCAACACGCCGCAGUGGCUGCAGCAGAUCGGGCUCGCCUGCCCGUUCCUGUUCCCGUUCGACACGCGCCAACUGCUGUUCUUCACGUCGACGUUCGACCGGGACCGGGCGCUGCUGCGCCUGAUCGAGUCGUCGCCGGAGCUGCAGGCGGCCGACAGCGAGGACCGCAUCGCGCCCAAGCUGGAGCGCAAGAAGCGCACCGUGUCGCGCGACGACCUGGUGCGCCAGGCCGAGGCGCUGAUGGCCGAGCUGGCCGGCUCGCGCGCGCUGCUCGAGGUCCAGUACGAGAACGAGGUCGGCUCCGGCCUCGGGCCUACGCUCGAGUUCUACUCGCAGGUGUCGCGCGAGCUGCAGCGGGCGGACGCGGAGCUGUGGCGCGGCGAGCGGUACCGGCCGCCACCCGACAUCACCGCCGACAAGCUGGCGCCGUCGUCGUCCUCGUCGGCCGCCGACGCCGCCGCCUCCGACGGCGUCGAGUACAUCCACGCGCCGCUCGGCCUCUACCCGUCGCCGGUGGCGCGCUCCGGCAAGUCGGGCACCAUCACCCGGCUCAAGGCCAAGUACAAGUUCCUCGGCAAGCUGAUGGCCAAGGCGCUGACGGACUUCCGUCUGCUGGACCUGCCGCUAAGCGUGCCGUUCUACAAGUGGCUACUGCGUCAGGAGCGCUCCAUGACGCUGGCCGACGUGCACCAGCUGGACGCGUCGCUGGCGGCCACGCUGUCGCAGCUGGCGGCCGUGGUGCGCCGCCGCCGCCAGCUGGAGGCGGACCCGGCGCUGGGCGGCGAGCAGCGACGCGCCGCCGUCGAGGCGCUGGGCGUCGACGGCUGCUCGGUGGAGGAGCUGGGCCUGGACUUCACGCUGCCCGGACACCCGGGCAUCGAGCUGAAGCGGGGCGGCAGGGACGAGCCGGUCACCAUCCACAACCUGGACCAGUAUCUCAAGCUGCUCACCCACUGGCUCCUCUUCGAGAGCGUCUACCGGCAAAUGGAGGCCUUCCGCGAGGGCUUCGAGUCUGUGUUCCCGCUGGAGAACCUGGGCAUGUUCUUCCCGGAGGAGAUCGACUGCCUGUUCUGCGGCAGCCAGGAGAGCCCGUGGGACGAGCGCUCGCUGAGCGAGGCCUUCAAGCCCGACCACGGCUACACGCACGACUCGCCAGCCAUCAAGCGGCUGGUGCGCGUGCUGACCGAGUUCAGCCACGAGCAGCGCCGCCAGUUCCUCAGCUUCGUCACUGGCUCGCCUCGCCUGCCCGUCGGAGGGUUCCGCGCGCUCUCCCCGCCGCUCACCAUCGUCCGCAAGAUCGUGCAGUCAAACGAGAGUCCGGACGACUUUCUGCCGUCGGUGAUGACGUGCGUCAACUAUCUGAAGCUGCCCGACUACACCAGCCAGGAGGUGAUGGGCGAACGCAUCGCCACGGCCGUCCGCGACGGCCGGCUCAGCUUCAUGCUCUCCUAGCGCCCUCCGGCGGCGGACCCGAGAACUUGUGAUAUGGGGACUACCAAAUAGGGCGCGCCGGCGGCGAGGCGACUGGAGGCAUCGCUUUCUGUGUUUUUACCCGAGCUUUUCUAGGAUUUUCACCCACUUGGUUGGACGGCGGCGGGGAGGAGGCACGCCGCCGGUGGUGGGCUCGGGGGGCGGGGGGCCGGAGCGGUACCCGCCGGUACGGUGAGCGCGGUGGAGGCGGGGUAGGUGGCGCCGCCAUUGGCUCGGCUUUGAUACGUUUUCCACGCCGCGAACCGCGGACCGUAGUUUGCUAUCAAGCCGCGCCUGGCGCGCGUGUAGUCUUUUGAUAAGACUUCCAACUUGUGCCCGCGUGCGUGUAAGUGAAGUGAGCGGCCCGUAGAAAAUCCAGAAAAAGUAGGUGCCUCGUAGCCGAGACUGUGUGCAGGCUUUUGUACUCGGCGCCGCGCCUCGCCAGCGUGGCGACCGACCGACCGCGCCGCCGGCGGUCGAGGCCCGUCCGGCCCGCCGGCGACGGCGUCGCCCGCGCGGCCCGCUGCCGCCGGCCAUGCUCGUUCGCGCUCUCGCUCUGUCUCUGUUUUGUUCGCGCAGUGCCGGCGACCGGUUGUACCUCCUCUUGCCACGCCGCCCGCGGCUCUGCUCGCGCGUUGACGUGUCCGCCGUGGGCCUGGCUGCCGCCACCACGGACCUGCGCUGCCGCCGGGCACGGGCGAUUUUGUAAUUAGCGCGAGGGGUGUGUUCGUCCGUGUGCCGAUAAUCCAGCUGAGCGUGCGGCGCCUGUGCCUGGGCAUCUGCGUAUCGUCGCCCACCGUACUCGUUUGUAUCACGGUGAACCUGAAGGCUCUGGUUGAUUCCGAAGAUGUGUGUGGUGUUUGAGCGAACAGUUUGUUUACAUUGAAGUAGUGCUAAAUUUCUGUUCGACCUUAUUACAGUUUGUGUCCAAGAUAAAUGGCUGAAUACAAUCGUGACGCCGCA